GUCGCGGUAACGUACGGGGGCCGAGAAACCUUGGUGACGAAGGAGCAAGGAUGAGCAUUCAUUGGCGAGCCAUGCGGUCAAAAUCAAAUGGACGCAGAGAAACCUUGGUGACGAAGGCCGCAUAGAAAGUUCCCAGCAGAAUCCCCACGGUUGCAUGUUUUUGAAGUCGUCGGGCGGCGUAGACAGCUGGAGCCAAUUGGGGGGUUUACGGACACGUUAUAAAAGGUGGACUAUGGGACCGUGGGAUCUCAUCGCUCGACGAAAAGGCAUUCGGUCUUGCUUACUGAUAGUGUUGGCGUCGCCAUGGCCACCUUGGGAGGAGUUCAUGAUGCCAAGGGGAUAGAGAACAGCGUUGAGAUUGAAGAGCUCGCUCGCUUCGCUGUCGAAGAGCAGAACAAGAAGGCGAAUACUCUUCUUGAGUUUGUUCGAGUAGUGAAGGUGAAAGAGCAAGUCGUAUCUGGAAUUAUUUACUAUAUAACUAUUGAGGCAAUUGAUGGUGGGGAGAAGAAGCUAUAUGAGGCCAAAGUCUGGGUCAAACCCUGGAUGAAGUUUAAGGAGCUUCAGGAGUUUAUUCCAUUGGAUGACUGCUCUUCGGAGAUCGAAGCUCCGAAAGAUGGGCAUGAAAAUGGAUGGCUGAUGGUGCCAACAAAUGAUCCUAUCAUACAAGAUGCAGCAAUUCAUGCUGUACAAUCCAUCCAACAGAUGUCUAACUCACUGAUCCCCUAUAAACUGCUUGAAGUCCUUUCUGCAAGGGCCAAGAAGACUGAAGAUUCUGCCAGGUUUGAACUGCUGCUUAAAGUUGCAAGAGGACAGAGGGAGGAGAAGUUCAUGGUGGAAGUAGAUAAGACUAUGCAAGGAAUAUUUCAUUUGAAUCAGAUGAGGCAGCAGGAUUCAGAUUCUGGUAUUCACUAAUUAUUUACAUGCAUGAUGGAUUGCCCAAUAAAAUGUCCAAGAUUGGUCUACAAGACCUAUCUAAUUCCCUUGUUGUGUAAGCAGUGGACGCUAUUAUUCUGUUUGUAAUUUAUUUGUUUGUGAAUAUAGCUAUUAUUCAUAUUAUUUUUUUCGUAA